AACAUUCUGCGUUUGUCUGUGUCUCGUUGCAUUUUUUGCAAUGGGAGUAAAAGCCCAAACUACCGAUCGCACUGCAGAGUUUGAAGCCCUAUGUGACAGAUACAGGCAGGUGGUUGACACGUGUGAAGAAGAUCUAAGAGGACUUCUUACAUCUACUGAACAGAACCUGUUUGAUGAAGCUGAGAAUAAUAUGGUGUGUCUGGUAGAGGAAGGAGAGCAGAAUAGCGCUGAUGCCUGUGAAAUCUUGGAAAAAAUUUGCCUUGAAGUUGUCGACUGUUCCUCUACAGCUCGUUUCAGACGUUCUUCGUCUGUCUCUGCCGAAUCGUCAUCCGUUGAAUCUAGUGAAACAGACUGAGGGGGUCAUCGCAGGUCAAAGGCCGAAACACAGUACCCAUCUUUGCCUUGAGUC